GGUCGUCGUCCAGCUUCACCAUCCAUACAGAACACCCGGCAGGCUGCCAUGUCAACAGCAAUAUGGCCACCUAUAGCUCCCGAUGAGCUUAAAAGGGCUGAAUCGGACUCACUGGCCAGAGAGCUAGCAUGGCUGCUCGACCAUCUACAGGAGACUCUUGCAGGUUUCAAAGAAGCGCUCGAGGAAUGCAAGGCUCUCCUAGCGCCUACAGAGCCAGGCUCUACCCUGGCUAUGAGCAGCGUGCGUAGCGAGGCCGUCAAGGGAUAUAUAAAUCGUGUAGGAACAAUGAUCGUCAAAGGCUCCCUCGUCUUGAGAUUGAGACACUACUCUCCGACACAGCUGGCAAUCAAUGCGACCCAUCCGCUUAUCCUCCCGACCCUCUCGUCCCUACGGGAACUACUGAACCAAUCUCUCGACUGUAUAGACAUCACCUGCUGGACCGGUGACCGCACCUCGGCUCCCUAUAUAUCUUCUCAACUCCGCCUCCUACAUGGCCUCUUGGGUGAGGCGCAUUCUAGUCUCAAAGGCACCGCGGCCGCUCAGGCCGAUCGUGAAUCGUGGUUACGACCUGUGGACGCAAACCACUUUCAGCCUCCAUUGCCCGAUAACCUCAGCUUGGAUUUCAGCAUCCAGGAAGCUAGUAUUGUGCUCACAAUAAGGGUUUUAGAGUCGGCAGAUGCGGCUCCAGAUAUUAGGAGUCGCUUCGCGACGGUAUUUCUGACCAAAAGGGCCGAGCAUGACGAGGAGGAUCUUCGCUUUAACUAUAAUGGGACUGAGGUAAAGGUCAAGGAAAAGGUGAAGAUCGAGUCGGCUGACCCGAAUUUGAUGGCUGCAAUGGCGAAGCUGGCUGCGCUAGAGCAUGCGGUGGGGAUGGCACGGUGCUGUCUGGCUGUUGUCAUGGAAGAGGAUGUGGAGGAGAUUGAACGCUUAACCGCGUGAUUAAUGAUAAUGCCCGAGCAAAGAUGCUCAGAAGUUCAAAUGAUAGUGCCUAUAACACAAC